GCUUAAUUGAACCCCACAAAAUGAGUUUCGUUCCUCUCAAUCCUCGGCCUAUGCUGCAGUCCUUGAUUAACGACGAUAUUGUCGUUCGCCUAAAAUGGGGCCAAACCGAAUAUAAAGGCAGACUGGUCAGCGUUGACUCAUACAUGAACAUUCAGCUAUCACAAACUGAAGAGUUUAUCGAUGGGAGGAACACUGGUACUCUAGGCGAGGUUCUUAUACGGGUGCAACAACGUCCUUUGGAUAGGGAGUGCAAAAGGUGUGGAAAACAAGGACGUCCAGAUGGCUGA